GUUACGUGAUAUUAAUCUCAAUAAAAUAUCUGCAUUCCAGGUCAAUGAUGACAUGAAUAAAACACCUAUCAGUCUACUAAUUCCCAAAAGGAAUGAGCAAUCUACUUAGCUUCUCAGGUUUUGAUUCCAGCAGUGUUUUAGAAGGAAGUCAGAAUAAUGAUAUAGGAGGUCUCAUAGUAAAGCCUAAAAGUGAACAUGUAUUUAAAGUUCCUCAAAAGUCCCUGUUAGGACUGGAUAAACUUGCUAAGCAACAACAAAAGAGUGAUGAUAUUAAAAGAAAAUAUCGUAAUGUCACAGACGAUUCUCCCUCUCAUCCUGGAGGUGUCAGCAAAUCUGCUUUGGAUCGUAUGAAGAAAACCAGAGAUAGAGAUAGAGAUAAAGGUAUAUCUAAUUCGACUAUCAAGGAUGUAGACAGUCACAGAAAUAAAAAACAUAAGCAUAGAGACAGAGAUAGAGAUAGAGAUAGAAUUAGCGAUAAAGACAGAAGUAGUGAUAAAGACAGAAGACCUAAGUCAUCACCAAGGUCAUCACCACGGUCAUCACCUCGUUCUGAGAGAGACAGAAGUUCAUCUGACAAAGAUAGUGGAUAUUCUUCUAAAUACUCAGGAGGAAGCAAAUCAGAUCGGUCAAAUUCAUCAUCACGGAGAAACAGGGCACAAUAUGAUGACACACCAACAAGGUCUGAUGGUUCUAUUCAUACUCCCGGUCGCUCUAAAUGGGAAGCUGACUCUGAACUAGGUACACCUAAUUUAGACAAAUGGGAUAUGACUGAAUCAUCAAGAAGUUCAAAGGCAAAUCGCUGGUGGGAAAGGUCCCCUAUGCCAACACCUUCUUUCAAAGAUAAUGCAUGGGCUUCUAAAAGAAGUAGAAAGGAUAACACUUCAAAUUCAGUAAGAAGUGCUGUAAAUUUUACUGAUGGUAAGCAGUAUGAAGACGAGCAAAAGAGAUUGGACAGAGCUUGGUAUGGUAUGGAUGAAGGGUACGAUGACAAUCUGAAUCCAUUCGCUGGUGUUAGUCAGGAAUACGAAGAAAAGAAGACACAAGAAGCCACCAAAACCUUCCAGAGAAAGGUUUCAGCUUGGAGACAGCAGAAAAAUGCAGAUUUGGAAAAAUGGGAGCAAAACAGGAUGCUCACUUCUGGUGUUGUUACUAAGGUUGAUCAUAAUGACGAUUUUGAAGAGGAUGGUGCAGCUAAGAUUCAUCUACUUGUCCAUAAUAUCAUGGCUCCAUUUCUUGAUGGAAGAAUAAUGUACACCAAGCAGCCUGAACCUGUUGUCCCAGUAAAGGAUCCCACCUCUGAUAUAGCAGUUCUGUCUCGCAAGGGAAGUCAAUUGGUCAAAGAUUACAGAGAGCAGAAGGAGAGAAUUAAAGCCCAGAAAAAAGAAUGGGAACUAGCUGGCACUAAAAUUGGUGACAUACUUGGUAUCAAACAAAAGGAAGAGGAUGAACCUGUUAAAGAAGAGGAAGAUUCCCACAAAAAGAAUCAGCAGUUUUCAGAUCAUAUGGCAGAAAAGUCAGAGGCAGUUAGUUCAUUUGCAACCACAAAAACCAUAAAACAACAAAGACACUACCUUCCUAUUUAUGCUUGUAGAGAUGAACUAUUAGGUAUUCUCAGAGAGAAUAGUGUUAUGAUCAUAGUUGGAGAAACAGGGUCUGGUAAAACCACCCAGCUAACCCAAUACCUAUUAGAGGACGGUUACGGGGACUAUGGAAUGAUAGGCUGCACCCAGCCUAGAAGAGUAGCUGCCAUGUCUGUUGCUAAGAGGGUGUCUGAAGAGAGAGGAUGUAAACUUGGUGAGGAGGUGGGCUAUGCUAUCAGGUUUGAAGACUGUACCUCAAAGAAUACUAUUAUCAAGUAUAUGACGGAUGGUAUUCUUCUCAGAGAGUCCCUGAGGGAAUCAGAUUUAGAUGGCUACAGUGUCAUUGUGAUGGAUGAAGCUCACGAAAGGUCACUAAAUACUGAUGUGCUGUUUGGCUUGCUUCGUGAUGUGGUAGCUAGAAGAACUGAUUUAAAGCUUAUUGUCACUUCUGCAACAAUGAACGCUGAGAAGUUUUCGAUGUUCUUUGGAAAUGUUCCUAUUUAUAAGAUUGCUGGAAGGACUUUCCCUGUUGAUGUUCUGUUUUCUAAAAAUCCAUGUGAGGACUAUGUGGAAGCAUCAGUGAAGCAGGCAGUCCAAAUCCAUCUUCAGCCUACUCCUGGUGAUAUUUUGAUAUUCAUGCCUGGGCAAGAAGAGAUAGAGGUGACAUGUGGAGCAAUAGGUGACAGACUAGAAGAAGUUGAAGGUUCUCCUCCGCUUGCAAUCCUACCAAUCUACUCACAGCUUCCUUCUGACCUUCAGGCUAAAAUAUUUCAAAAGGCUCCGGAUGGGGUUAGAAAGGUUAUUGUAGCCACUAAUAUAGCAGAAACGAGUUUAACAGUGGACGGAAUUAUAUUCGUCAUUGACGGUGGAUACUGCAAACUGAAAGUGUUCAACCCCAGAAUCGGUAUGGAUGCAUUGCAGGUGUACCCCAUCUCGCAGGCUAAUGCUAAUCAGAGAAGUGGCCGAGCUGGCAGAACAGGUCCCGGACAGGCUUGGAGAAUGUACACUGAGAACUGUUACCGAUCUGAGUUACUAGCCACAACAGUACCAGAGAUCCAGCGUACGAACCUAGCAACAGUUGUGCUCCUCCUCAAGUCUCUGGGCGUGUCGGACCUCCUCUCCUUCCACUUCAUGGACCCGCCCCCACAAGACAACAUCCUGACCAGUAUGUACCAGUUGUGGGUGCUGGGAGCCUUUGAUAAUGUGGGUAACCUCUCAGUGCUGGGCAGGCAGAUGGUAGAGUUUCCUAUGGACCCGGCUAUGAGCAAGCUUGUGUUAGUGUCUUGUCAGAUGGGAUGUAGUGAAGAGGUGCUGGUAAUAGUUAGCAUGUUGUCAGUCCCCGCUAUAUUCUACAGACCCAAAGGGCGGGAAGAAGAGAGCGACGCAGCUAGGGAGAAGUUUCAGGUUCCAGAGAGUGAUCACUUGUCUUUACUGCACGUGUACCAGCAGUGGAGGAAUAAGGGUUACUCUUCAACUUGGUGUAAUACUUACUUUAUUCAUUACAAGGCCAUGAAGAAAGUACGGGAGGUUCACAGUCAGCUGCUUGAGAUUAUGGAGAAACAGAGGCUGGAGCUGGUAUCGUGUGGUAACAAGUGGGACCUGGUCAGGAAGUGCAUCUGUAGCGCUUACUUCCACCAAGCUGCCAGACUCAAAGGUAUCGGAGAAUAUGUAAACGCCCGAACUGGAAUGCCAUGUCAUCUCCACCCCACCUCCGCUCUCUACGGUAUGGGCUACAGCUCUGACUAUGUUGUGUAUCACGAGCUUAUCAUGACUUCUAAGGAGUUCAUGCAGUGUGUUACCAGUGUUGAGGCGGAAUGGCUCGCUGAGCUUGGCCCCAUGUUUUACAGUGUCAAGGAGUCAUUGCACUCAAUAGAAGAGGGUAAAGCUAAGGCAGCAGAGCGCCGCAAGCAGAUGGAACAGGAAUUAGCAGAAGCAGAAGAAGCGCUGGAAGCAGAGCGCGAGCGCCAGUCAGCACCUUCCUCUGCUCGCAGUGCUAUUGCAACUCCUGGACAUAACCAGACUCCUACGAGAACACCCCGUCGAAUGGGUUUUUAAACAUGGGACAAUUUCAGAUGUGAGAUUAUCAGAGUGCCUGAACUUGAAUAUGUUUAUUUGUGCUGGGAAACGUAAGCUUUAUGCUGUUAUCGUUGACAAGCAGAUAUCUUUUAACCUCUGUGAAUAGUUGGAGAAUAAAAAACACCCAUUGACCAGUAUCAGUACCCAGCCUUAGAAGAUGACUGGGUUUUUAUUUAUCGAAAAUUGAACUGCUUGAACAUUUAUAUUCUAUUUGUUUAAUAUUGUUUUUCAUUUUAUAACUUUUAAAACCAAAAGUGUGUCCGAUCUUUAUCGAAAUUCUUGAUUAUAAUCUAGAGGAUAAGAUUGUCAAACCAAAACUCUGACUCGAAUUAAAUCUUCCAAUUUAACAAU